ACUUGCAGGGUGCGCACGGACCACUGCUAAGGAGAGCCCAGCGGCCGGGGUUGCCCAUGGCGGUGGCCGAGCUCUACGCGAGGUACAACAGGGUUUGGAUUCCUGAUUCUGAAGAAGUCUGGAAGUCAGCUGAAAUUGCAAAGGACUACAAAGUUGGUGACCACGUCCUCCAACUCCUCCUAGAAGAUGGAACGGAGAUGGAUUAUCCUGUUGACCCAAGGUCACUGCCUCCUCUUCGGAACCCGGACAUUCUCGUGGGUGAGAAUGACCUCACAGCCCUCAGCUACCUCCAUGAGCCUGCAGUGCUACACAACCUCAGAAUCCGCUUUGCAGAGUCCAAACUCAUCUACACCUACAGUGGAAUCAUCUUGGUGGCCAUGAAUCCUUAUAAGCAGCUGCCAAUAUAUGGAGAUGCCAUCAUCCAUGCCUACAGUGGGCAGAACAUGGGUGACAUGGACCCACACAUCUUUGCAGUUGCAGAGGAGGCCUACAAGCAGAUGGCCAGGAACAAUAGAAAUCAGUCCAUCAUUGUAAGUGGGGAGUCGGGAGCUGGAAAGACUGUUUCUGCCCGCUACGCCAUGAGGUACUUUGCCACCGUCAGCAAGUCCAGCAGCAACGCCCACGUGGAGGACAAAGUCCUGGCGUCCAACCCCAUAACUGAGGCUGUUGGAAACGCCAAGACAACCCGUAAUGACAAUAGCAGUCGAUUUGGGAAAUACACAGAAAUCAGCUUUGAUGAGAGAAAUCAGAUCAUAGGUGCCAACAUGCGAACCUACCUCCUGGAGAAAUCCAGAGUUGUCUUUCAGUCAGAAAAUGAACGGAAUUACCACAUCUUUUAUCAGCUUUGUGCAUCUGCUCAGCAGUCGGAAUUUAAACAUCUUAAACUGGGGAGUGCAGAAGAGUUCAACUACACAAGAAUGGGAGGCAGCACUACCAUUGAAGGUGUCAAUGACAGAGCUGACAUGCUGGAGACUCAAAAGACAUUCACAUUAUUGGGUUUCAAGGAAGAUUUUCAGAUGGAUGUCUUCAAGAUCCUGGCUGCCAUCCUACAUCUUGGCAAUGUGCAGAUCGCCACCGUGGGCAACGAGAGGUCCUCAGUCAGCGAGGAUGACAGUCACUUGAAGAUAUUCUGUGAACUUCUUGGCCUGGAGAGGAGCCAAGUGGCUCAAUGGCUGUGCAAUCGCAAAAUUGUGACCACCUCUGAGACAGUGGUGAAGCCAAUGACCAGGCCACAGGCCAUCAAUGCCAGGGAUGCACUAGCCAAAAAGAUCUAUGCUCACCUGUUCGACUUCAUUGUAGAGAGAAUCAACCAGGCGCUGUACUUCUCAGGCAAGCAGCACGCUUUUAUUGGUGUUUUGGACAUUUAUGGUUUUGAAACCUUUGAUGUGAACAGCUUCGAACAGUUCUGCAUCAAUUAUGCUAAUGAAAAGCUACAGCAGCAGUUUAACCUGCACGUCUUUAAACUUGAACAAGAAGAAUAUAUGAAGGAAGACAUUCCUUGGACUCUAAUAGACUUCUAUGACAACCAACUGGUUAUUGACCUGAUUGAAGCAAAAAUGGGCAUUUUGGAGUUACUGGAUGAAGAAUGCUUGUUGCCACAUGGAACUGAUGAAAACUGGCUUCAAAAGUUAUAUAAUAAUUUUGUCAACAAGAAUUCUUUAUUUGAAAAACCUAGAAUGUCAAACACAUCCUUUAUCAUCCAGCACUUUGCUGAUAAGGUGGAGUACCAGAGUGAAGGUUUCCUGGAAAAGAAUAGAGACACUGUCUAUGACAUGCUGGUAGAAAUCAUGAGAGCAAGCAAGUUUCAUCUCUGUGCCAACUUUUUUCGAGAAAACCCAGUUCCUUCUUCCCCCUUCGGUACUAUGAUCACAGUAAAAUCUGCAAAGCAGGUCAUCAAGUCAAACAGCAAGCACUUCCGGACCACAGUUGGGAAUAAGUUCCGCAGCUCUCUGUACUUGCUCAUGGAGACCCUCAAUGCCACCACGCCCCACUAUGUUCGCUGUAUCAAGCCAAAUGAUGAAAAACUGCCCUUUGAGUUUGACUCCAAACGAAUUGUCCAGCAGCUGCGAGCCUGUGGUGUUCUAGAAACAAUUCGCAUCAGUGCCCAGAGCUACCCUUCCAGGUGGACAUACAUCGAGUUCUACAGUCGCUAUGGCAUCCUUAUGACCCAGCAGGAGCUCUCCCUCAGUGAUAAAAAGGAAGUGUGCAAGGUGGCUUUGCACAGACUCAUCCAGGAUUCUAAUCAGUAUCAGUUUGGUAAAACCAAAAUUUUCUUCAGAGCUGGACAAGUAGCUUACUUAGAGAAACUCCGCUUGGAUAAACUGAGGCAGGGUUGUAUUGUGAUACAAAAGCAUGUCCGAGGCUGGCUGCAGAGGAGGAAGUUCCUCCGUGAGAGACAAGCUGCCCUGACAAUCCAGCAGUACUUCCGGGGUCAGCAAACAGUGAGGAAGGCCAUCACUGCCACAGCCUUGAAAGAGGCCUGGGCAGCCAUCAUCUUACAGAAGCACUGUCGUGGGUAUCUGGUCCGAAAUCUGUACCAGUUGAUACGCGUGGCUACCAUCACCAUCCAAGCCUACUCCCGGGGCUUCCUGGCGAGGAGGCAGUACCGGAAGCUGCUCCAGGAGCACAAGGCUGUGAUCAUUCAGAAGUAUGCCCGAGCGUGGCUGGCCCGGCGCAGGUUCCAGAGCAUCCGCCGAUUCGUGCUCAACAUUCAGCUGACUUACAGGGUCCAGCAUUUGCAGAAGAAGCUGGAGGACCAGAGCAGAGAGAACCACGGACUGGUGGAGAAGCUGACCAGCCUGGCCGCUCUGCGGGCCAGUGACCUGGAGAAGGUUCAGAGGCUGGAAGCAGAGCUGGAGAAAGCAGCCACCCACCGGCACAACUACGAGGAGAAGGGCAGGAGAUACAGGGACACAGUGGAGGAGAGAUUGGCAAAGCUCCAGAAGCACAACACAGAGCUGGAGGUGCAGAAAGAGCGGGCAGAGCUGAAGCUGCGAGAGAAGACUGAGGAGCUGAAAGAAAAAAUGGAUGACCUUACCAGGCAGCUCUUUGAAGACGUGCAAAAAGAGGAGCAGCAAAGACUACUUCUUGAAAAAAGUUUUGAGCUGAAAACACAGGACUAUGAGAAACAGACAGAGUCUCUGAAAGAAGAAAUUAAAGCUCUCAAGGAUGAGAAGACGCAGCUCCAUCGUCAGCUGGACGAGGAACGGGUCACCUCUGAAAGCCUGAAGGGGGAGGUGGCUCGCCUGAGCAAGCAGGCAAAGACCAUCUCUGAGUUUGAAAAGGAGAUAGAGCUACUGCAGGCGCAGAAGAUAGAUGUGGAAAAGCAUGUGCAGUCACAGAAACGGGAGAUGAGAGAAAAGAUGUCAGAGGUCACAAAACAGCUUCUGGAGAGCUAUGACAUCGAGGACGUUAGAAGCAGGCUCUCUGUGGAAGAUCUGGAACAUUUAAAUGAAGAUGGAGAACUCUGGUUUGCCUACGAAGGACUAAAGAAGGCAACUCGUGUCCUGGAGAGUCAUUUCCAGUCUCAGAAAGAUUGCUAUGAAAAGGAGAUUGAAGCUCUGAACUUCAAAGUGGUGCAUCUAAGUCAAGAAAUCAACCACCUGCAGAAAUUAUUUAGGGAAGAGACAGACAUCAAUGAGAGUAUCCGUCAUGAAGUCACCAGGCUGACAUCAGAAAACAUGAUGAUCCCAGACUUUAAGCAGCAAAUUUCAGAGCUAGAAAAACAAAAGCAAGAUCUUGAAAUCCGUCUGACUGAGCAAAAUGAGAAAAUGAAAGGGAAGCCAGAAGAGCCAGCUGCUCACCUGAGUCAAGUCAGAGAAGAGGAAGGAGCUCAGAGCAAAGCCAAUGCAGUGCAGAAUAAAAUGCGAACCAAAGGGAAAGAGAGGCUGAUGGAUAAGAUCCAAGAACUGCAAGAGGCCAGCAAGCUCCUGGAGGAACAACCUGAAGCUGACAGCGAAGCCAAGAGUAUUUUCCAGCAGGAAGCCUCUCGGCUCACUUUGGAAAACAGGGAUCUCGAAGAAGAGUUAGACAUGAAGAACAGAAUGAUUAAGAAGCUACAGGAUCAAGUCAAGGCUCUAACCAAGAAGAUUGAGAAAGAAUUCCAGGCUCACAAGGCUAUCUUAGCAGCUCGUUCUCCUGUUUUAAGUGCCGUGUUUGAACAUGAAAUGGAGGAAAGUAAAAAGAAUCGAGUUGAAAUGAAUGAUGUGGAGCCUGAAGUUUUUAAGGAAAUGAUGUGCUUCAUUUACACUGGGAUGGCACCAAAUCUCGACAGAAUGGCUGAUGAUUUGGUGGCAGCUGCUGACAAUGCUGAUCAGCUGAAAACUCAAGCAGUGGAUUUCAUCAACUAUCAUGCUUCGGAUGUCUUGGAGACCUGUGGGUUUGUCAAUGGUGGUGUCACAUCAAUGGUGGUGUCACAUCCGCACUUGGUGGCUGAAGCACACUGCGCUCUGGCUUCAGCACAGUGCCCUUUCCUGGGGUCCCCACGUCUGAAGCCCCGUGGCGUGGUGGUGAAUAUGAUCCCUGGGCUGCCUGCUCACAUCCUGUUCAUGUGUGUGCGCUACGCGGACUCUCUGAAUGACGCCGACAUGCUGAAGUCCCUCAUGAACAGCACCAUUAAUGGCAUCAAGCAGGUGGUGAAGGAACACUUAGAAGACCUGGAGAUGCUGUCCUUCUGGCUCUCCAACACUUGUCAUUUCCUCAAUUGCCUGAAGCAGUACAGUGGAGAAGAGGAAUUCAUGAAGCAUAACAGUCCACAUCAGAAAAAGAACUGCUUGAACAAUUUUGAUCUUACGGAAUACAGACAGAUCCUGAGUGACGUGGCUAUACGGAUAUAUCAUCAGUUCAUUCUUGUAAUGGAAAAUAACAUCCAACCAAUAAUAGUCCCAGGCAUGCUGGAGUACGAGAGUCUGCAGGGCAUUUCCGGCCUGAAGCCCACCGGCUUCCGGAAGCGCUCAUCCAGCAUAGAUGACACAGAUGCCUACACCAUGACCUCCGUCCUACAGCAGCUGAGCUAUUUCUACAGCACCAUGUGCCAGAACGGCCUGGACCCUGAGCUCGUGAGGCAGGCGGUGAAGCAGCUGUUCUACCUGAUUGGUGCAGUAACCCUCAACAGCCUCCUUCUGCGCAAGGACAUGUGUUCCUGUAGGAAAGGGAUGCAGAUAAGGUGUAACAUCAGCUACUUAGAAGAAUGGCUUAAAGAUAAGAACUUGCAGAACAGCUUAGCCAAGGAAACUCUGGAGCCCCUCUCUCAAGCAGCCUGGCUGCUCCAGGUCAAGAAGAUCACAGACAGUGAUGCCAAGGAAAUCUCCGAAUGCUGCACCUCCCUGUCUGCCGUGCAGAUUAUAAAGAUCCUUAAUUCAUACACACCUAUAGAUGACUUUGAGAAAAGAGUCACUCCAUCCUUUGUGCGCAAAGUACAGGCUCUCCUCAACAACCGGGGUGACUCUUCACAACUGAUGCUAGACACCAAGUAUAUCUUUCAAGUUACCUUUCCCUUCACCACCUCACCCCAUGCGCUGGAGAUGAUCCAGAUCCCCAGCAGCUUCAAGCUGGGCUUUCUCCGUAGACUGUAGUGGGAGAAAGGUCAAUACCAGUUCCCUGAAACCCGAGUGAAGGUCAAAUGGAAAGACAUCUUUAUUCACCAGAACUGGGAAUGUGCUGGAUUGUAGUUUAAGGAAGAAAAUCCAGCUCCUCCCUUCCCCACAGUGGGCCUCACCUCAUCUUACUUCAGCGAUGCUGUGCAGCCAGUGAGAAUGAGCGCACACUGGCUGGGCUUGGGAAGACUCUUGCUGUGGAACCUCAGUGGCCUUUGUCACAACUCCUGGAAGGCUCACUUUUUCUUCCAAGUGCCUUUGGUCUAUUCUGCCUUGUGACACAGAUCACACAAACACACACACAUAUACACAGGAGUGAAAUCUGGGGUACAGUGGCUCCCCAGGUUUCUAAGUUUCCUGUGAAGCUCAGAGACUCUUAUGAAGCCACAGGUAGGUUUCAUAGCUGCGUCUUCUAGGAAAGAAUCCUGUUUGGCCACUAAGUCCUCUUGCCCCGUGGCUACUGGCAGGAA